AUGAAUCCAUACGUGCGCUGCGUGCACGAUAGCGGGGUGCCGAAAAUUCGCUCCCUCCAAGAGCUUCUCUCUCAGAGGAUCCAGCCGGACCCCGCGGAGCCAGAUACCCCGUGUCUUCGACCGAGUCACGGGCCGCCAGGGGUGUGGGCGCAGGCGCCAGAGCCGCCGAGCUUCGACGACGGACGUGCGACAAUGAUGUCGGCGCAUGGCCAGUCCACCGUUGAGCGCCACGCAGACCCCUCACUCGCUGGUGCUCCCGCGGCCAGCAAUCCGUCACCGGUGCUCACCUUCACCGCCGACAGCGUCGCCACGCCAAACACGUUUGCCACAGUCAAGACCCACGAAAUGCGCAUCUUGUCACGUCUCACGAAGCGCCUGCGGUGGUCAGAGCGGCAUCAGGACAUGCCCUUUGGCGAGCCAGUAGAGAUGAUGCUGGCGGAGGCCGACGUGGGCGAGGACACUGAAGGGGGGUCCGAGGACAGGGACUCCGAGGUGAUGGAUGUUGUCCACACAGGCCGCUCAGGUGCACUUGCGCAGGACCCAGAAGACCUUUCUGAGAAGCAAGAUGAGGCUGGCGUGCAGCUCCUGCCCUGCUCCACACGUGACAGGGCCGAGGCGGCUGCGGUUCAGGAGACACCGCCGCACUUCGUGGCGGUCUCCCGUCCAGCGGCGGCUUCAAAUGCAUGCCCACAGCACGUGUCAGAAGUGAAGGAGGGCAUCGUGUCGUCUCCCUCAUCGGGCGGCAUUUUCUGCACCCUUGCCAGAGGUCCCACGCCUCCUGACGGACGGAAACUCCGCACCACCGACGUCACGCCCGCCGACUCCAGCGACAGCUCACCGCAGCAGCCUCACUACACCCAUGGGCAGCAACAACAGCAUUCACGGCCUGCUGCUGUGCCGCUGCGCACCACGUACCCUGCCCCGGUGGCGAGACUGGAGGAGAGCCCGUAUCACUACAUUAUGCGCAACUACAUUGGCGGGACGUUUCUGUACUAUAGCACGCCGGAGAGCAAGGACUACUUUUUGCGCCUAUGCCACCGCGUUGUGGCGCAGGUGCGGCCUCUGCUGGAGCAGGAAACGCUGUCGCCCCACCACGGCCUGUUCCCGCGCAUCAACGCGCCGGCCUUCGUCUUCGGCGACAUCCACGGGAACUUUGAGGACUUGUCCUUCUUCCUGAAGCGGUUGCUGAUCUUCCACGACUUCAACCUCACCCCAGCAAAUAUCUUGUGCCUCGGCGACUAUGUCGAUCGCGGCCCUUUCUCGCUCGAGUGUGUCAUGCUCCUCUUCUCGCUCAAGAUCAUGAACGCAUCGAAGAUCGUCAUGCUGCGCGGCAACCACGAGGACCGCGUCGUCUGCGGUGACCUGCGCACCUACGGCCGCGGCUGCUUCCUGGCUCAGUGUCACACUGUCUUUGGCUACACUGCGGGAACGAAGCUGUUCCGCGAGGUGACGGCCCUGUUCAAGUACCUCCCGCUGGCGGCGGAACUGGUGAUCCCGAGCACACCAAACUUAUCAUUUCUGCGGUCGCAGCAGACCGUGAUGCACCCGAACCUUUACGUGAGCCAGCCAGCAGUACUGCUCCACGACGGCAAUCGGACCAAGCGGACCGCGUCAACGACCUCGCUGACGUCAGGCUCGACGACGAAGGCGUCUUCACUCGACUCGCAGCACCUCCGCACGCUGCACCGCGACGGCGAAGUGGCUAGCGGCGACAAGGAAGGUGACGAGACACUCUCCAAGAACUCGGCCAGCGCGGAGGCGGUGUCCCCGCUGCCGACCGGCUACAACACAAUCGCGGACGCCUCUCUCGCACGUGGGCAGCCGUCCCGGCACGAGGCUCACGAAGAGCGCAUCUUGUGCACACACGGCGGUAUUCCCCGCUUCGAUCGCUCGCCGUAUGAGAACUCGCUUGCCUCUCUGCGCAGUCUCUCUUUCCCCCGUAUGCUCACGUUGUUUCCGAACAACCCGGCUGUGAAAGACGACGCCGAGUGCAUGCCGGACUACUUUGUGAAGCAGGAGCUGGAGGCGCUAUGGCGCCGGUACCCGUCUGCCGCUCCACCCGGUUUCACGGCGGCGUGCCGACGAGAGGCUGCAGAGGCCGCCGCCGCCGCAACUGCGAGCACGAGUACCCCGGCGGCGUCCAAGUCUUUUGGCACUUUCUCUUCUUCCCUAAAGCUGCAGAGAAAGGCGAGUAGCGGCAGCGCCGGGAGCAGUGUGAGCGGCCCUGAAGUUGCCGCAGCGGCAGUGCCGCCAGAGGCGGAGGCAUCGUCUCGCCCCUCGUCGUGCUCGGCGGCGUCCUCCGCGUCUCGUACGGCGAGUCUGGUACCCGGAGUGCAGAGCGAGCAGCAGCAGCAGCCACAAGGCCACAAGUCUCCACCCGUUAUGCGCAGCAGCAGCGACUAUUUGCCGCAGUUAACCGAGGACGACGUGCGCAAGAGCUGGUACACCAUGUUCGACUUGCUCUGGUCGGACCCGACCCCGAUGGAGCUGGAAGAGGCGGCGGCGUGCGUGGACUGGGAGUCUUCUCGUGUUGCUGGCGGCGAACACGACGCUCACCGAAGCUCGUCCUCCUCCUCUUCGGCGACCGCCGCUAGAGGGUCGACGCCAAGCGUGCAUGUCAACGAGUGGGGCUUCACCGUCAACACCCGCGGCAGCAACGUUGUCUCCUUCUCCGCGAAGGCGGUGGACACGUUCCUCACGGCGUACCAUUACUCGAUGCUCUUCCGCGCUCAUCAGGAGAAGGCGCAUGGGCUGCGGUGGAGUAAGAGCAGCAAGGUGCUUACCAUCUUCAGCAGCAGCAACUACAUGGGCCACCGCAACGGCGCUGGCUGCGUCGUGGUCGCUGCGAACGGCGAGGUGCAGAUGAUUGAGAAGGUGGUGACCAUGUGA